AUGGCCCCGAAAGAAAGAACAGCGCCUCCUCUUACUACAAAACCUAGCACGACGCUAAAACAACCGCAUUUCCGCGGCGUACGAAAGCGGCCGUGGGGCCGAUACGCCGCGGAAAUACGGGACCCGAACAAAAAGAACCGCGUUUGGUUAGGUACAUUUGAUACGGCUGAGGAAGCCGCUAUGGCGUAUGACGCCGCGGCACGUAGUUUCCGCGGCGUCAAUGCGAAAACUAAUUUUCCUAGAGCAGACGAGAUUUUUGAUAUUAAUUAUAAUCUUACGGGUAUUUAUACAACGUCUCAUUGUAUGAAAGAUGUGCACGGGAGUGUGAGUCAGAGUAGUACUGUUGAGUCGGAGAGUGACGAAACUUUGGAUCUCACUUUAGGGUUUACGGGAGAAUGGGCGGUCAACGGAGGUUCGUGCAAAGUCAACGGGUGUUCACUGAAUGAUUCUGAGGAGUCUUCGGUUGUUAUUGACUUGAAGUUGAGUAUGGGAGAGUUUAAUAUUGAUCUGAAUGCCCUGCCGGCGCCGGAAUUAUAG